UGUCACUCGAUAGCGUGAGCACGAGGGUGGCACCACUUCGUUGAGCCUUGGCUUUACCUCGCUUGUUCAGCCUACCUCUCGCAUGACGCCGCAGAGCAAUCCGGGCAACCUUUCAAGCUCUCAUAAAUGCAACAUACCAAAAAAUGCCCCACGCAACAUCAUGUCACCCGCCUGUAGUCCUUUGUAUUUUUGCUUAGUGCCAAUCACCACUCAUCUCAGUGUCCAAGACGAAAAGGAGACGAAGGCGUGUGACGCGAGAGAGUGAGAGACCGUGGGCAGCCGUGGGCGAGAAUAGGCAGCCGAUUUGGGCGCAUUCAUGAUGUGAGAUCCAUUGCACAAUGGGCGCUCCGAGACUACGAGUACUUGUACAUUGGGGAGGAAGCGAAGUGUGGCACGAAUGAGCAAAAGUAAGACUCUACAAUGGGGGCGAGUUGUCGUUGUUUGAGAUGCAAUGGAUUACACGCUUUGCUCGCUC